UCUUCAGCCAUGUCCUUGACUUCCUGCAAAAAACAAACCCACGUAACUCAAGCUUGUUCUGGGAACAGUGGGGGAAGAAGGGCAUCUUCUAGUGACCUUUGUGGCUGUGCACUCUGUCUGGAGGCUCCCAGCCCACACUCCCAGCUCAGCUAUAAGAGAGCCUGCAGCAACUGCCCACCCACCCGGGGCACUUCAGUGCCUGCAGUCCUCUCCACAGCCAUGAAACGGAGACUCCUUCCUUCCUUUGUCAGCCUCCUCCUUGCAGCCCUGCUCCUUCCAGGUAAAGCAGAAACAUGGCUUCGUUCCUGGACCCAGGCUCUUUCAGCAGGUGUCACUUUAGGGUCGUCCAGUGCCUCGUCCAUUAACCACUUAGUCACUGAACCCCCCAGUUCCCCCCAGGACGAAUUUCCUGCCCAAGGAGGAAAUGGGUCUGGGUUGUUGCAUCACAGAGUGAAACGCUUCCCUCCACGCACCCCCCCUUACCAUGAGCCUGGACCAAAUUACCAAAUUGUCAACUGCAAGAAAAAUGAGGGAUUCUGUCAAAAAUACUGUAAUUUUAUGGAAACACAAGUGGGCUACUGUUCAAAAAAGAAAGAAGCCUGCUGCUUACAUCCCUUCUGACGGGGCUGAUCACUGAAGCUGAAGUGACCUGCACACCUGUAAGGUCUCCUGGACUCCGGCGAUGUUCUAGGUGUGAGUGUACUAGAGAGGACCCUAAAGAGAGAAAGACAUCUCUCUCCAUGUCCAGCAACCUAAGCAUUUUAUUAUGACAAAACUAAACAACUAAGGCUGUCUACACACUACCUUACAAAAGGCUUGCUACCUUCAGACACAUCUCCAGUGUCACAUCAUUCAUGCUGGAAGAUGUAGCAAUAAUAACUCUUCAUAGGAAAGCAUUCAAUCAAUGUGUUCAUUCAUUUAAGACAUAAUUUUAAUUACUUCUCUUUGUCAUGGAUACCAAGAAAAUGUGAAAAAGCAACAUGGGUAAGAUACACAUGGAAAUAAAUAUCUGAA